AUGCCCCGGCCGGCCUGCAGAGACCGAAGGCGGGAGAAAGAGGUGUCAGCACACACAGAGCGAGCCCAUGACCCCAACGACGACCAGGGGCUGGACGCAGUGAAUGCAGCCAGGAUGGAGGUGGUCUUGCUCCCGGGGAAGCCAAAGCCAGAGCAGGUCCUGGUGUCCAGUGAGGGGCAGGAGCCCGACGUUAGCUGGGCUUUGGGGCCUUCCUUAGACCCACCCCACCAGCCGUCUGAGAGAGGGGAUUCACCGGUCCUGGAAGCCCAGGGGAAGCAGCCACACCCUGGGAGGCCCCGCUGCCAUUCCAAUGACCUGGAGCAGCCCCUCGCCCAGGGCUUCCGGAGGAUGGGGCUGGCUGUGGGCUCACCUCCAUGGCUCCCCCUGCUGGCUCCCCUGGUGCUGGCAGCUGUCCUGGGCACCGGGAUUUCCCUGCCCCGGGAGAUGGAAGAAACCGUGGAGGAGCAGAACACCCCUUUGGGCAGCCCGGGCAAAGCCGAGCGGCGCUUCGUGCAGGCACAUUUCUCCACCAACGAGUCACACCUCUUCUCCCCAUUUCAGUCCAGCACCGAGGUCAACUUCGCCUCCAUACUGGUGGUCUGCAGCACUGCCAAUCUGCUGGAUCAAGUCAUCUUCUCAGAAAUUAGUCAACUGGACGAGGCGGUGCAGACACUGACUGCCUCCUGGGGAGAUGGAACCCUGGUCCUCUACCCUCAGGUGUGUGCCAGGUACCAGAGCACCUGCAUGCCCUCCAACCCACUCCUGUUCUUCUGGCAGAAGAAUAACAACAUGGACCUGAAAAGCAUAACCUUCCCUAUUUACAAAACCUCCGCUGCUCCCCUCUACUUAGCCAGACUCUUGGGAGAAACCCUCCUAGGUCCCGGCAUGGGGACAAGCCGCUUACUCCUGCAUGCCAAGGCCAUGUGGCUGCAGUACUACCUGAAGACCGCGGACCCCGAGGACAGCACACACAGCCCAAAGUGGCUGCUCAAGUUCCUGGACCAAAUUCACUCCAUUGAAAAUUGCCUGGACUUGAAGAACAUCCAGGUGGUCUACUUUACAUCACUCUCUAGGAAACUUGAAUUUGAGGUGACUGCUAGGACAGUGGUCCCUUUUUUUUACACGGCAUACCUUCUGAUCAUAUUAUCUGCAAUCGUGUCAUGCUACAGUCUUUUUCCAAUUUUUACAUAUGAUAUUAACAUUUCAUCAUCACAUGAGAUUACUUCUUCCUGGGCCUUCAUUCAGACUAUGGGUGUUUCUUCUUCACGCAGUAAGAACAACAUGCUAUUCCAAUUACAAAGUUUUGCCAGAAGGUGUGAGAUUCCCCUAAUGGUGUAUAACCCAGCUUUUAUCUAUUUUGAUCAAUAUUCUGCCAUCUUAGAAAACACUAUUCGAAGUGUCAUUUUUGCAUCCGUAGCUAUGUUCAUUGUUUCUUUAUUGUUAACUCCCCACCCAUUGUGAUCCUUGUGGGUCACUUUUUCUAUUGGGUCUGUGAUUGUAGGAAUAACAGGUUUCAUGGGAUACUGGCAUGUCAACCUUGAUCCCGUAUCCAUGAUGAAUCUUGUGAUUUGUAUAGGGUUUUCAUUUGAUUUUUGUGCACAUAUUUCAUAUGCAUUUGUUUCCAGUUCUAAACCCUCAUCAAAUCAAAAAGCAAUUGAGACAUUGUUUUUGCUAGGUUACGCAGUGUUACAAAGUGCACUAUCAACAAUAAUAGGAGUGUCUGUUUUAUCUGUAGCUAACACAUACAUCUUCAGGACAUGUUUUAAAAUUAUGUUGUUUGUCAUGGUAUUGGGGGCUAUUCAUGGCCCAGUUUUUAUUUCAGUAUUCGUAACCAUUUUUUGAAGAUUUGUUGGAAUAUCCACUAACAAAUCAGUGCCCAAUGA